AUGGGUGAGCUGCAAGCUCAAAUUCAAGAGCUUGUAUUUGCUUCAGAGGAAGAAUAUGUAUUUGAUCAAAUGCGAGGUGUCAUUCCUUUUACAUCAAAUAACUCAUUGCCUGGCUCUCAUCCUAUCAAAACCAUUGGAAUAAAUCAUAAUAAAGUCUGCAGCUACUGGAAUAAUUUUCAUUACAUGACAUUUGAUGGAAAUAUUUUUUACUUUCCUGGAACCUGCAACUACGUCUUCUCUUCCCACUGUAAGAGCAAUUAUGAAGACUUCCUCAUCCAAAUACGGCACUCCGUGGUCAACAAUGUUCUUUCGCACUGCAGGAUAACAAUGAAAAUUGAUGUAACAUUAGUGGAGAUGAUCGACCAUGAUGUAAUGGUCAAUGGAAUACUUGUGGACCUUCCUUAUAGUGAACCAGCACUUGUUAUUCAGAAAAUUGGAGUUUAUACAAAAACUAUCGCUAAGAUUGGGCUAGUGUUUCUUAAAAAAGAAGAUGGGAGUUUUCAGCUCCAACUUGCUGAAAAAUAUGCCAACCAGACGUGCGGACUUUGUGGCGAUUUUAAUGGAAGUCCUUUAUCCAAUGAAUUUAUUCUUAAUGGUAUCCAGAUUUCAGACACCGAAUUCGGAGAUCUUCAAAAGUUGGAGGGACCAAAUGAACAAUGUGAAGCCACAGAGCCUCCAGAUUGGAAUGACUGCGCUGACAAAGAUAACAUUUGUGAAAACAUACUUAAAGGCCCAAGUUUUGCAAGCUGCAAUGCUGUACUUGAUGCCAAGCCUUACAUUGAUGCCUGCAUCAAAGAUUUAUGCCGAUGCAAAAAAGAGAACCAUAACUCCUGUCAUUGUUCAACUAUUACUGAGUAUUCUCGUCAAUGUAUUUACCACGGAGGAAAACCAGAGAACUGGAGAACUAAAGACCUAUGCCCUAAAAUGUGCUCUUCAAACAUGGAAUAUAAAGAAUGUGGUUCCCCCUGUAGUGAUAGCUGCUCUGACCCAGAGAGGGUGCUUACUUGUGAUGAGUACUGCAUGGCCGGAUGCUUUUGCCCUGAAGGUUUAAUUCUUGAUGACAUCAGCAACUAUGAGUGUAUUCCCAUUGAGAAGUGCUCAUGUACCUACAAUGGUAACAUAUAUUCGCCGGGUGCAUCCUAUUCAACAUCUUGUUCAACCUGCGUAUGUUUUAAUGGGAAAUGGGACUGUAAGAAUAUCCCAUGUUCUGCAACCUGUGCUAUCGAGGGAGGGUCCCAUAUCACUACCUUUGAUGAGAUGCGUUAUGAUGUACAUGGAGACUGCAUCUAUGUCAUCUCUAAGUUAUGCACAGCAAGCAACUUUACAGUCUUGGGUGAGUUAAGACCUUGUGGGAGGAGAGAAACCGAAUCAUGUCUGAGAGGAGUUACUAUUAUCCUUAAUACUGGACAGUCAACCCUACCAGUAUGGGCCACCAACUACAGCUCCAGGCUUCAUCUUCAUAUGGUAGACCUGAACAGUCAAAUUCUUAUUGCAAAAGACAGCUCUCUGAAGCUCCAGAUGUUCUUGAGCUUUAAAAUGACUGCUCUUGCUGUGCCAAUCCUUGCCUUAACAUCUACAUCAGUGUCCCCUGAUGCUGCUGCCCUGACAAUCGAGAUCAAAUCUCUUGGCGAUGUCUACCUGAAUUUUAUGUAUACUGAACUGCCCGUAACUACAGCUACUUUUAUACUUUUCAAGCCUUCACCCUUCUACAUUAUCUUUAACGCAAACUUUGGACUCCAGGUAGUGAUUCAAAUCCAACCUUUCCUGCAGCUAUAUUUGGUUCUGGAUCCUUCAUAUAAAGCAAAAACUUGUGGUCUUUGUGGGAACUUCAAUAACCAGCAAGCAGAUGAUUUCCAAGCCAUCAAUGGGGUAAUCGAAGGCACAGCUGCUGCCUUUGUAAAUACUUGGAAGACGGCAGCUGAUUGUCAGAGUGUCAAAAAUGUUUUUGAUGACCCUUGUUCACUAAGUGUUGAAAGUGAGGAAUAUGCAAAACACUGGUGUGGUUUGCUCAUUGCUACCAAUGAAGUCUUCCACCCGUGUCACAAUUUUGUGAACCCAUCUGCUUAUUACAAGAAUUGCUUGACUGAUACCUGCAGCUGUGAAAAGAGUGAGGACUGCAUGUGUGCUGCCUUAUCCUCUUAUGUACGGGCCUGUGCUGUCAAAGGAGUCAUUAUAGAAAAAUGGCAGACUAAAGCUUGCAGCAAGUAUAUCACAGUUUGCCCCAAAAACUUGGUCUUCAGCUCCAGCAUCACUUCCUGUCAACCUACUUGCCGCUCUCUUAGUGAACGUGACAUUAUGUGCAAUAUACACUUUGAUCCACUGCCUGGCUGUACCUGCAGAAUGGGAUAUUACAUGGACAUCAGUGGUAAAUGUGUCCCUGCAGCCUCUUGCCCUUGUUAUUUUAGGGGCAUUCCUAUGCUCUCAGGAGAGACCAUCCAUGAAAGUGGAACAAUAUGCACGUGUAACAAAGGGAAACUAAGCUGCACUCCACCAAGUAUUCCAGACUGCAAAGACCCCAUGAUCUACAUUGGCUGUGACAAUGAAAAGCCAAACAUGAAGGGAUCCGAAUGCUUUAAAAGUUGUCAGACCCUUGAUAUGCAAUGCUACAAUACAAGAUGUGUUCCAGGUUGUGUCUGUCCACAAGGGCUAGUGUCAGAUGACAAAGGUGGUUGCAUUCCAGAAACGCAGUGUCCAUGUAUCCACAAUGAGGUCAUAUUUGCACCAGGAGAUUCAAUCACAGUCCAAUGUAACACUUGUGUUUGCAAGAACAGAAUGUGGGAAUGUACUGACAAUUCAUGUUUGGGGACCUGUAAAGUAUAUGGAGACGGACAUUAUAUUACUUUUGAUGGAAACCGUUACAGUUUUAAUGGCAACUGUCAGUAUACCCUCUCACAGGAUCAUUGCAGUCUGGAUAAUGGCAAUAGCACCUUUAGAGUCAUCACUGAGAACAUACCCUGUGGCACCACAGGCAUGACCUGCUCCAAAUCCAUUAAAGUUUUCCUGGGUAGUUAUGAGCUCAUUCUUGCUGAUGAUCAUCUAAAUGUGGUACAAAGAGGUAUAGGAAUAGAGGUCCCCUACAGGGUCCGUUUAAUGGGAAUUUACUUGGUCAUAGAAGCUAAAAAUGGCCUGUUACUUUUAUGGGACAAGAAGACCAGCAUCUUCAUCAAAGUUACAAAAACAUUUAAGGGAAGACUCUGCGGACUGUGUGGAAACUUUGAUGGAAAUGGGAACAAUGAUUUUACUACCCGGGGAAAUGCUGUGGUAGGAAAUAUAGAAGAAUUUGGAAACAGUUGGAAGUUGAAUACAGCUUGCCCAGAUGCCAAAUUUACAAGGAACGCCUGUGCUAUGAACCCAUACCGUCUGUCUUGGGCUCAGAAGCAGUGCAGCAUAAUAAACAGUCGUGUUUUCUCAGCUUGCCAUCCACACGUAAAUCCAUCGCCAUUCUAUGAUGCGUGUGUCUCUGACUCUUGUGCUUGCAACAGUGGAGGGGACUGUGAGUGUUUCUGUAGUGCUGUGGCUGCUUAUGCUCAGACAUGUGGAGAGUUUGGAAUAUGUAUCUCUUGGAGAGACCCAAAUACAUGUCCUUUGUUUUGUGAUUACUACAAUUCUCAUCAAGAAUGUGAAUGGCAUUAUAAGCCAUGUGGAGCUCCAUGUAUGAAAACGUGCAGGAACCCAAGUGGGAAGUGUGCUUUUGAGAUAAGAGGUUUAGAAGGAUGUUAUCCAAGUUGUCCAAAAAACAAACCUUUUUUUGAUGAGGAUGAAAUGAAAUGUGUCUCCAUAUGUGGAUGCUAUGAUGCGGACAGGAAGCAUUAUAAACCUGGUGCUAGUGUUCCUAGUAGAAAAAACUGCUAUGUUUGUAAUUGCACCAUAGAUGGCAUCAACUGCAUAUAUAAAGUUGAAGAGUGCAUGUGUGAAUAUCAAGGUCACAUGUACAAAUUCAACGAGACCAUCUACAACGCAACAGAUACUACUGAGACAUGUAAAACAGCGAUCUGUGGAGAAAACGGAACUAUCGUUAUAAAGACAUAUCAUUGUACUACACAUGGAGUACUUCCACUCAGCUAUAGCACAAGUCCUCCUGGAGUAACAUCAGAAACAACACCAACAUCAUCAAAAGGAACAGUAAUCACUCCAACAACAGUCUCUGUAACAAAAAUCAGUACUUCGACAAGCCAACAGCCAUCAACAUCUUCAACAACAGAAAAGUCUGCCUCAACAGCAUUGUCAACUUCACCUAUAUCCCAAACAACCAGCUGUGCACCAGUUUGUAAUUGGACGGAGUGGUUUGAUCAGAACAGACCUACUUUUGGGGUAGACGGAGGUGAUUCAGAAAAUUAUACCAACAUUAUUGCGGCUGGAUAUGACAUAUGUAAAAACCCUACAAAUAUCCAAUGUAGAGCAUGUGACUUUCCUGAUAAACCACUGGAGGAGUUAGGACAGGAUAUUUUAUGUGAUCUAUCUGUUGGUUUAGUGUGCAAGAACAAAGACCAGCUUAGGUUUAUGCAGUUAUGCUACAAUUAUGAAGUGCGAUUUCUUUGUUGUGAAAAAAACAUUCAUUGCACAACAGUAUCUCCAUCUACUAUAAUAACAUCACUGUCAACUACAUCCACACCUAUAACAUUAACAACUCUGCCUCAGACCUCUAUGACCACAAGCCAACCCUACUCUACAACUAUUGUCUGUCAACCAAAAUGUAUUUGGACACAAUGGUUUAACCAGAAUACGCUUUCUUCAGGACCUAAUGGAGGUGACAUUGAAAAUUAUGAACACAUCAUUAAUUCUGGUGUAACAAUUUGUAAGCUCCCAACUGAUAUUCAGUGCAGAGCAAAGGAGAUGCCAGACAUGAUUCUGGAAGAAUUGCAACAAACUGUACAAUGUAAUUUAUCAGUUGGGUUGGUAUGUGAAAACAAAGAUCAGCUAACACAUAUGGUCAUUGCCCCACCACUUCUGCACCCACAACAGCUACAGAAGUAA